CAAUGAAGGGUAAACUGGUACGAAGUCUUGCUGUUUGUGAGGAGUCUUUCCCACCUCAGUCAGCUGCCGAGGGAGCAGAGGAAAACCAGAUCACAGUCAGGAGUACACAGAUUCCACAGGCAUUGACCUGCAUGAAUUCCUGAAUUGAGGACAAGAUGAAUGAAGCCUGCUUGUCAUGGAAACUUGUGGUGAAGAUUAAGCAUCCAUCAGAAAAACUUGACCGUUUAUCUUUCAACAUGCACACGUCCUGCACUUGACUUUGAACCCCGCACCAAUUUAGUAAAAGAGAAAUUGCAACGGGAAGGACAGAGAAGGCUGCUGUUGCCUGCAGGGGGAUAGCUGCCAUUCAUUCCACACGCUACGUUACAGCUUUAACAAAAAAAAAAUUUAAUUCUGCAAGCAGCACUUUCACCAAGGAACACAACAGUUGGGAGAAGCGAGCUGCUAACAGUGAUUUUUUUUUACCCCCCACUCUCGCAAGGCGUCCCCAUUCCUUUCCUCUACUCUCUUUCAGUUCUCCUAAGUGACUCUUGCUGUUGGAUUGUUGGAUUUACUUCAGUCUGCUAUCCCCCUGUGAAGUCCCUGACCCCGACUUGCACCCAAGCAUGCGGGCUGGGAACAGUUUCCCACAGUUGCCACCUCUCCCCCGCUGUUUAGGUGCAUUCACACACAUGCACAUCAGUAACACACACACAGGCGCAGGCGGUGCAUGGGGAAUGUUCACGUCGUGUCAUGCUUUGCAUAUUCGCAGUCUCAUCAUAUUUUUAAAUGUUGAUGCAGACAUAUCUUUCUCUGUGGUCCCAUCACAUUCUGCUGUCUUUCUACUUGCAGGGACAGAAUGAUGCUGUUAAAAAUGGAGCAAGAGAUCAUUGAUUUCAUUGCCGACAAUAACAAUCACUAUAAGAAAUUUCCACAAAUGUCUUCAUAUCACAGAAUGUUGCUACACAGGGUUGCCGCCUACUUUGGAAUGGAUCAUAAUGUUGACCAGACUGGCAAGUCUGUUAUUAUCAACAAAACUAGCAAUACUCGAAUACCCGAGCAAAGAUUUUCAGAACAUGUACGAGAAGAGAAAAGUGAUGAAUUUCAGAAGAGGUUUAUUUUGAAAAGAGACAGCACCAGCUUGGAGAAGGAUGAUGGCCAGUCAGUUUGCUCACAGGAAAACCUUUAUAUGGACUCAAGGAUUUUGGAAGACAGUACUUUAUUUAAUGAAAGUCAGAAAAAAAGGCAGCUAUUCCGGGGGAAUCGGGACAGUACUGGGAAAGCAACAGGCAGCCGGCAGAGCAGCACUGAGACAGAUAUGAGAUGGAGUGACCAGCGGCCCUGGAGCAGUACUGACUCAGACAGCUCAAACCGGAAUCUGAAACCCACUGUGACCAAGACAGCCAGCAUAGGUGGCAUAACCGUCUUAACAAGAGGAGACAGUUCCAACAGCACCCGCAGCAUGGGCAAGCUCUCUAAAACAGGCUCUGAGUCUUCCAGCAGUGGCGGCUCCUCAGGGUCACUGUCCAGGGUUCAUCAGUCCCUACAGAGCAGCACAAUCUUCUCAUCUGCUUCCGUAAGCUCCACAGGCAGCAACUCCUACACAGAUGGUCCAGGCCUAACUGGACAAGUUUCAUCAAAUAGCCCAAGCUACAUUCUGGUGCCUUUGGAGGCUACAGGCAUCCCUCCAGGGAGUAUCCUGCUGAACCCUCACACCGGUCAGCCAUUUGUUAAUCCUGAUGGAACACCUGCAGUGUACAACCCACCUAAUGCAAGAAGCCAGCUUGUGGGCCAGUCCUCACAGCAGAAUGUGCCAACACCUCAACAGCCUACAGCCCCACCAACACAACAGCAGCAGCCAAUAGCAAACCACAUAACUCCACAGGUUAUGCAGUCAAAUUCCCAGCCAGUUCAGUAUCCUGCAGUCUCUUUCCACUCUCAGCACCUCCUGCCCGUCUCACCGACUCAGCAGUUUCCUGUGCGAGAUGAUAUGACCUCUCAGUUUGGACAGAUGAGUCUGAGCCGACAGUCGUCAGGUGAGACCCCAGAGUCUGCACCCUCUAGCAGUGUCUUUCCUCCAGGUCUCUUGUCUCAGCCAUUGCAGCAGCCUCCCAGCUUUAUCAUUGCCUCUCCAACUCAGCAGUUGCCACCAGGAGGCUUUAGCAGUUCAGGACCGCCACUGUCUCAGCAAGUAUUACAGUCACCCCCACAAGGAUAUGUGCAGCAACAGCAGCCAGCGGCUCAGGUGCCAGUUUAUUAUUACUCCUCUUCUCAGUACCCUACCUCAGCCAGCCAGCAGUUCAGGCCUGUGGCUCCCAUCCAGUUCAGUGCUCAGAGGAAUCCACCUUCAGCAGGUUACCAGCCUUUAUUGUCAAAUCAGCAACAAGGCUUCCAGAACCUCAUGGGAAUGCAGCAGCCUCCGCAAAAUCAGAACUUGAUGUCUAGUCAGCAGGGGAACCAGGUGCAAGGCAUGAUGGUCCAAUACCCAGCCAUCUCCUCUUAUCAGGUGCCAAUGACCCAAGGGAUGCCUCUGCAGUCAUACCAACAAACAAUGAUGCUGCCCAGUCAGUCGGGACAAAACCCACUUCCAUCAACUGGCAUCCCGGUUUACUGCAGCAUGGUGCCUCCUUCUCCACCAAGCAGCCUUCGGCUGGUCAGCCCACAUUGUCCCUCCAGCAAUGUGUCAGUAGUCCCAGCCAGCUGCAGGACAAACUGUGCGGGCAUCAGCAGUACAGGGUGGCAGGUGAAGUACUGAGGCAUGCCCAGGUUAGACGGUGCAUAUUCUUCCUACUGCAUUUCACCACUGUGUAAAUUGUAAUAAAUCACGAUUGGAUUAGUUUUGUACUUUGUGCUGACUCGUGAGAAAUAUUUAAGAAUAGAAUAAAAUGCCCUUGUACCAAAGCUGUAAUGGACUGAAGAAGCGCUGAAUGGAAGAAAUUAUUUCGAUAUACAACAGAGUUUUAUAUGCAUAAAUCUAUCUAUCUAUCUAUCUAUCUAUCUAUCUAUCUAUCUAUCUAUCUAUCUAUCUAUCUAUCUAUCUAUCUAUCUA